GAACUCUCCUGUUAUCAGAGUAUAAUUAAAAUGGACGUAGGUGAGGAGACUUUACAAUUCGGUCGGAUCCUACUUCCAAACUACUAGAACAGAUCCCUACAUGGUCCCUAAUGCAGACUGAUAAGGCGCUAGGAACUUUUACCAGGCAUGUAGCAAGAGAGAGGUCUGUAAGAAGGUUCAUGCAGUGUACUUGCGGCCCAAGACUGUUGACGUUGUAUACAGUAGUAGCCUCUCUACUGUCGUUUGGGCUGAGUCUUGUCAGGCAGGAAAGCACCUUGCUGUCCUCUCACAGCCUGUCUUCAUCGCUGACCAGUGCCCACUGUUCAGCAGCUUUCAUAUUUGCCGUGCAUCACCUCAUUUGCAGCUGUCAUUCUCCUUUGUCACGUUGGACGUGUUCACUACGUUGUCCUCGUGUGGUCAGCAGCCUCCUUUCUAGUUGACUGCCACCAUGUUGUAUGUGUUUCUUGUUGAGUUAGGCCAGAUGCUAACCAUUGAUACUUGCUACACCACUGAGACGGUCUCUGUCCUCAAGUCUCAUGUUGCCAGGUUAUGUAGAAUCGCUCCAGACAAACAGGUGAUGUUGGUCAGUGGUGGAGUUAGUUUGGACAAUAGCUGUCGUGUUGGGCACUACUGUGCUGGAACUGACACUAACCCAAUCUUUGUAUUCAGUAAAGUAACCAUUGAAGCUAACAUACCACCAUCUCCCUGUAUCAACUAUGGCACAGACAAAGUCCUCACAGAUGCCAUCAGUGAAGUUGUACUUCUACCUGCCACUCAUGAGACAGUUUCAGAUGCUUACAAACUGGCUAAGGAAACAGUUGAAUGUGAUAAGAGUCGUAUGGAAGCCAGUGAACGUCUGAUACAUGACCAGCACUUGCAGCAGCAAGGAUGGGCAGCAGCUAUAGCCAAUCUUGAUGAUCAUCUGGCGUCUUUCAAUAGAAGAGCAGAAAAAUUCCAAAGUACCUGUAAUAUAUUUCUAAAGACACAAGAAGAAUCCCUUGAAAUGUUAUCAAAUGUUCCAGGGAUUUUAAGACUUCUUGGCCGUAUUCCACUGUUAAACAGUCUUCAGACGUUAGUGUCCAGUCCUCUCUCACAAACUAAUCCUGUUGAACCUGCUAUGCUUGAAGAUGUUAGUGAUGGUGGUGGUCAUUGUUCACCUUCAUUGCUAGACUGGAUAUAUCAACAGGACCCUCGCAGCAGUUUAGAAGAUAUGGUCGAGCAAUGUAGAGUGAUUUCUGAACAGAUAAGUCAGAAGAAUGUAGAGAAGUUAAUGCAGGAGAUUGAUGAUAUGCUCAAAUUUAUUGACCGUCCUGACAUGAAGGAGGUGAAAGGUCUGGAGAAUCGCCUCUACCAGUUGGACCACUUGAUAACCAACACUCGUACCAUAAUGGAUAAACAGACCAAGUUCUAUCAGAAAUUUUCCAGCCAGUUAGAAACGACUAGCAGAAUGGAUUGUGAGUGCCUGUCGGAGUACUGGAAGAACCACAAAAAGGAUCUGAUGGAUCUCUCCGAGGGACACAAUCAAAUUAAAAUAUUCAGGAAGAGAUGCUGCAAGGCCAAAGAAGAACUCAGUAAGAACCUCCAUGUUCGCCUUCAAUGGGUCAUGUAUGUGGAGCAGCUGAUUAUGGAGAAGGAGAGGAAGAUAAAGAUUGAGUCUGAGAAGAUCAAAAGACAACGCAAACAUCUGAAGAUUUUACAGCAAGUGCACGAUUCAGCCAAGAUGUACAUUAAUGCUUUGGUGGAGAUAAUACGUCGCAAGAACUAUUCCACACAAUUCCUAACUUGGGCCAGAAAUGUUGCCGCUACAUCACAUUCUCUGUAUAUAGGUGAACUUCAAGACAGACAGAAUUUCUCAGAAACAUUUAAUAAACAUUUCAUUCAGUCCCUGUUCCAUGGCUUACAUGAUGAACCAUCAAAGUUUGCUACAACCCCUCCACGUACUUUCGAUCACAACAUCCCAGAGAUUACAAGUGAUGACAUUGAAAAGCUGAAAACGGCUGUUCCAGAAUUAGCCAGUUCACUCGUAAUGCCUCCAAAGAAAAAUCUUUAUAAUCAACUUUGUGUGAAUGUCAGUAAGCAAGUGUUUCAAGAUCUUCGUAACAUUUCUCCGGAGUUGGUUGAAGAUAGGUUAUCCUUAAAACUGACCAACAAAGAAGAGCAGAAGGAAGAAGCCAGUCAGUCAGCAUCUGCCACUGAUACUGCUACUGCUACAUCUCAGAACAUCUGUCCAUUUACUAUUGUCAACUCACCACAUACUCAGAGUAGUGACAGUUAUUGCCAAACCCUCCCCGUUGUUGAUUUUGGCACGCAUUCAUCUGAUGCAGCAGCUGUUGCCAUUGAUGAAGAUUUUUGCAUAGAUAAAGAGGAUUUAAUGAUAAAAUCUGGAUCUCCUGCUAAACAGGUUGGUGAUACACAAGCAGGAGCCAGUGACAGCUACCGUCUCUCCUGUGACACCGAUGCAGUCAGUCAGAGCGUUGAACAGAGCAGUGAGAGUGUUUCAAGUCGAAGACAUCACUGGAAAGGUCAUCUGGCAUCAGACACCUCUCCUGAAGUGGAAACUUCACAGGAAUUCACAACAGCUGAUUUUUACUUUGAUGAAUCUAUGCCGUCGUCUAUUGAAGCUCCGUUACAUAAGGGGAUACCAAAGGAAGACCUACAGAAGAUGCUGCAGGAGAAGUGUGAACUGUCGGAGAAACUCUCUCGAGAACUGCAAGCCUGUCGUGCCAGCUUUGGUGUCACGUUAGACAAACUGAAGGCUCUUAAAAACACCACGGAACGCAGCCUGCCAGAGUUCCGGGAACAACUGUGUGAACUACAUGAACUGAUGCGACAAAAUCAAAUUGAUUUUAUAAGAAAUGCAAGUCAUGUUGAGGAAAACCUCAUGGAUGCUAUCCGUAUGUUCAAUGAGAAUAAAGAUAAAGAGCGUGCUGAUAAUUUCUUGGCUUUCCAGAAAGAACACGAAAUUGCACUUCAGAUGAUGACUGAAAAAUUGGGUAAGGCCAAUGAACAGAUUAAGGAGAUGGAACAAGAAAACAGUAGUCUUGAAGAGGAGCUGAGGCAGAAUAAAAACCAGUGUGAGUUGCUUAGUCAAAAGAUAAGUUUCUUGGAAGAUGAGAAAGAGAAGAGUUUAAAGCAGUUAAGUGAUAAGUGUGAGGAGAUGGAGGUGAGGCUUGGUAAACAACAUAGUGAGCAUCAGGAUCUCCUUGCACAGAAAAAUGAGGAAAUGUCUGAGAAAAUGCAAGCUGUAGAGGAAGCAAAGCAGCUGCUGAUUAAAGAACACACCGCUUCCUUAGAAUCCCUGAAAUUGGAUUAUGCAAACUUAGAUGAGAAAUAUAAGUCGAUGCAGUCCGAGUUAAAUGAGGAGAAAGAGCAGGCAUUACAUUCACUACAUAGUGAACUGUCCAUCACUCAUAAUGCUGCCAUGUCUGAGCUGAACCAAAAUCUCACUUCCAAACUGACUGAGUGUGAGGCCAACUUAAAACAGACUCAAGCUGAGCUGCUAGAAUACAGGCAGCUUGCUGCUCGGCCAAAACAGUGUGUUGGUCAGUGUCAGACUUCCGAAUCUGUGAUAAGUGUAGCUGAUUUUGAGCAAAAACUCAGGGAAUCCACUAGUGACUAUGAUACCAAACUUGAAGCUGAGAAAACGGCAAGGCAAGAAGAAUCUUUAAAGCACCAGCAAGAGUUAAAGCAACUUCGAGCCAGUUUGGGGGCAGAAUACGAAGAGAAGCUCAAUGUUCAGAGGAAGUCUUUAAUAGCAGAGAAACAGGUUGUCUUCAACCAAGCCCUAUCCAAACUCACUACCGAGAAGGACCAGACAAACAAGGAACUCCAACAACAGAUUGAAGAAUUGACUGCAACUAUAAAUGAUCUCAAACAGAAGGAGGAAGUGUCCAUACAAAACAAUGAGGAAAUCGUUAAAGAACUCACAGAAAAAUUAGAGGAGAAGGCAAGCAAUGAAGACAGACUGGAAAAUGAACUAAAAUCAGCCAUUGCUAAGGUGGCUGCUACAGAGAGCAGUAAUAGGAGGGUUUCAUCUGAAGAGAAUGCUGAUGAAGGAUAUGAAGAAGAAUCUGUUGAUAAACUGAAAGCUUUGAAGAAGACAAUCCGAAAUAAAGAUGAAAGAAUAGAAAAACUGCAGUCAAAAGUGAUGGAGUUAUCCAUGAGUGCCAGUGUUUUUGACCAAGAUAAAGUUUCCAUCACAAGUUUCCAGUCUGGAGACCUGGUGCUGCUCUGUCUGGAUGAGGAACAUGGACAUUAUGUAGUAUUUACAGUAGGGAACACUUUACAUUUCCUACACACAGACUGUCUUGACAACCUGGGGUUGCGAUCACGUAUGAGUACACCCCGUGAACCCUGGGUGUUGGGAAUUAUUACAGAUAAGGAAUACUGCAUUGCUAAAAAAUACCAGAAUCGGUAUCGUGUACCAAUGGGCACCAAAUUUUACCGUGUACGAGCUAAACCCUGGCCAAAGGACCCACGGCUGACCAGAGAAAAUAGUGGACAAGUUCCGUCAGUACUUGGCUCUGUGGUCAGCAGUCCUCCCGCUUCAUUAAGCUCCACAACCACCACCACUACCACCACUACCACCACCACUGCCCCACCCACAUUUGAUAACAGUGGCAGCACAGCCUCCUGAAAGAAACUGCUUCGUCUUUUCCUUGCUGAGGAUGAGACUAAUCCUUUCCAAGAGAUUCCAUGAAAACAAUGCAGCAGGUUCCUCAUGCUAGGGGUACCUUUUUAUUUUGUGGUUGCUCUACCACUGCCUCUUCUUGUCUUUCUCUCUGUCUAUCUUUCUUUCUCUCACACACACACACACACACCUGCUGCAAUGUAGUGUUGCCUGUUAUCCGCUGGUCAGUGACUUGUGCAGUGGUUAUUUUAAUUGUUGUACAGAUUUACAUAUAGUUAUUCUUAAGCUGAAAAUAAUAAUAAAAUCAAUACAAUACACUUUGA